CUUUUGUUUUUGUUUCUUUGUUGCAGUGGAAUAUAAUAACUGAAAACUAUAUAGGUACAUAUAUGCGGUGUUUAUUGUGAUUGCGACACACGUGAGAAUUAAACGGCUCUGCAAGGACCCUUGGAUUACCUUGCGGGCCAAACAACAACAACACCAAGAACCAACCCGAACAGCAGCAGAAGAAAACAAUCAAACAAAAAGCAAGAAAAAAAAAAGGCGGCCAAGUGGAAAGUGGUGCAGACAAAACAAAAAGUGAGUACAAAGACGCCCGCCGGCAACAGGCAGAGCUGUGGCGCUGCAGCCGCAGAAAAUGGCCGCAGUAGCAGCUGAAGUAGCAACCGAAAUAGCGACAACAACAACAACAACCACAGCAACAGCAACAGCAACAACUGCAGCAACAUAUUGACAAACUGAUUGAAUGAAUGAGAAGAGCAGCAACAGCGGCGACGGCUGCGCGGAUUGCUGAAGUUGUUGACGACGACGAUGAUGAUGAUGAUGAUGAUGAUGAUGAUGAUGAAGACGAUGAAGCCGAGCAGCCAAAACUACGACACAACAAUGCCAAUGCCAAGUGCCAACAACAAAAGCGGAAAUUAAGUGCCAAAGGCAACGACAGCAACCGCAACGAAGCAAAAUCAAAACUAAAUUUACAUAACAAAACAAGCAGCAGCUGAAAGCACAGCAGACGAGGCAAAAAAGCAUAAUCAAAAUAUACAGCAGCAGCAACAGCAGCAGCAGCAACAGAAACUCAAGCAGCAACAGCAACGGCAAGCAACAACCGCAACAUGGCAAUCGCUGCAGUGGGCAGCAGCAGCAGCCAUUGUGGGCGUGGCCCGGCCAGCUUGUGGUUGAUUUGGCUGCUGUUGGCGGCACCAGCAUAUGCGGCACCCGCAAAGACAGCAACUGUUGCUGAAGUGACAAUAGCAGCAACAGCACCAGCAGCAGCAGCAGCAGCAGCAGCAACAUCAAAUGUAGCAACAGCAGCGCAACAGCUGCAAAUAGGCGUUGAAGGCGAUACGCCCACAUUGAUUGCAACUGGCAGGCAGCAACAUGUGAGCCAGGCAACCACAAAAGCAACAACAACAACCUCUACGACAACAUCACCAACAACAACAACAACAACCUCUACGACAACAACACCAGCAACAACAACAACAACAGCUGCACCAGCGGCAAUCACAACUGCGAGUCUGACAACAGCAACAAGCAUUGCCAGCAACAGCAGCAGCACUGCAACAGCAACCACAGCAGCAACCUCCACAACAACAACAACAGCGAGCAGCAACCAUUUGCCGGAAUCGGUGGUGCAGUUGCUCGAUCUGGAAGUGACUGCAGCGCCACCUCAGAACAAAGGACACGACGGCCUCAAGCUGACCAAAAAGAAGCAGCUGCAACAGCAACACUUUCACGCCACCAGCACGUCACCAGCAGCAGCAGCAGCAGCAGCAACAGGAAUGCUGCAGCCGGUGGCUAAUGGCUAUUUGGGACCCAUUUUCAUGGGCGAAAAGACAUUCAGUGUGGUGCAUCCACUAAAAAAGCCGCAACCAGCACAAGAACAGGAGCAACCAAAGGUGGAUACGGAGUCGAUUGAGUCGCAGCUGCGUGAAGGACGCAUUGUUGAGAUUCUGGCGCCAACAGCGUUGCUCGAGAGCAGCACAACAACAACCAGCAGCAGCAGCAGCAGCACGACAACUGACAGCAACAGCAACAGCAACAACUUGGGCAGCAGCACUUCAACAACCACCACAAGUCGCCCCAUUUUGCCGCAUGCAAUGCUCUCGACAACUGUUUUCCAAGUGCCCGAACAGCAACAGCAGCAACAACCGACAGCCACAACAACAACUACAACCACAACAACAACAACAACAGCGAGCAGCACUCGCUUGCCAUUUGUGGCUGCUGUUGCUGAAAUAAGUGCGGUGCAAGCAACAGCACCUCGGACUGAAUCCAAAAUCUCCGACAUACAAAUCGAGGUCUAUGACUCGACGGUGGAUUCGAUUGUGGCCUCAACGAAUUUCCGCGAUAAUCAAGGCUAUUAUCCGUUGCCCCUGGAGCCAGCGAUGGGCACCACAAAGCCACCACCAAGUUCGCCGGUGGUGCAAGAGCGUUUCACCCAAUACGUGAUCGAUCGAGCGGAUGUCUCCACACAACCCGCUGAGCCAGGGGUGGGAAAACCGGAGCCGGCGGCGAUUGAGAUACAUAUCAAUGUGUCGGAGGCCUUUGGCAGCGAGAGCGAAGAUCUUGAGUUCUCGUAUCGCCAGCCAGCGAAUAAACCAGCAAGCAAAUCAAAUGAUGAGAUACUUGUGGUCGAGAUCAUUGACAGCAGUACCGAGAACAUUUCGUCGAGCGCCAGUUCCGAGCAUUUGUUCAACUAUCCCGGAGCAUCGCAGCCACAGCCAGCGGUGAGGCCACCGCAAACGCAGGAUGCAACCGACGAGCUGUUUAUGGCGGAUCGUGGCAAUGGUUUGCCGCGACCACCGCAUCCGCCACCGCCGCCACCGAUGCCGCGCAAGCCGAGCAUCGAUCGGGAUUCCGAUACGAUAUUCUACAUCUCGAACACCGAGGUGAAGGUGGGCGAAUCGCUGCCCACCGCCAGCAGCAGCAGCAGCAGCAGCAACAACGAGCAGCAGCAGCAACGCAAACUGCAGCUGGAGAAUCAAUUCUUUCCAGCCAGCUACAUUAUGGAGCAACAACAGCAACAGCAACAACAACAGCAGCAGCAACAGAAGCUGCAGCGUAGCUCCUCCGAGGACAUUAUACUUUCACCGCUUCACAACACUGCCGAUGCGCUGAAGAUACUGAGAAGUCCGGCCAUGUCUGGGGAUGGGGCUCCGCCCUUGGAUGUCACCUAUGUGGGGGAAUCGGUCAUUGAGGUGGAGCAACAAGCGUUGCCCUCGACACAGCAGCCGCCGUUGAUGGUCGCCAGCGUUCAACCGCAAGCGGACAUCAUCAUACAGCCAGCGGUGUUGCCGGAUCUGGCGAUUGGAGUGCCGGUGAUUGGUGAGCUGCCGCCACAGAUUGAGCUCAAGGAGAUCGACUAUAUGCCUGGCGAGCUCUUGGGCCAGAGUCAGGGUGGCAUCUAUGAGAAUGACAUCGAGAGCAAUAGCCUGGGCAUGGGCAUGGGCAUGGGCAUCGGUCAACCGGAUCCCGAUGUCAUCGAGAGUUCCAUUCAAUAUGGCGGGGAUUUGAUCGAUGAUGGCGCUGGCGGUGGCUUCGAUGGUGUCGAGGGUUCGUAUCCCUUCGAUAGUCCCGCGCAUCGGUUGCAACAGCACCAGGUCAACGGACAUCGCUACAGUCAUUUGCAUCGCGAACAGUUGCCAGUCGCCGAGCUCCUGAAUGCCACGUUGCAGCAACAGCACAACAAUGAUAGCGGCAACAUCUCGGAACUUGGGGGUGCUUCGGCCAUGGCACCGUUGCAGCAUGGCGGAGCUCAGUUCUUCGAGACACACACCAGGAAUCCCUCAAUGUCGGAGCAACCAGCAGGUUAUUUCAAUCUCAUUGCUGUCUCGGUGGGUCUCAUCAUUGUUGUGCUCGCCGCUGGACUCCUGACUUCCAUGUAUUGUGCAGUUCGUUAUUUCUUGAACAAGAAUGCGACUUCGAGUGCCGCUGGCGAUGACAGCGAACAGGGACAGGGACAGGACUCAAAGCAAGAGUUGUCAUCGGUGGCUGCCUCAUCGCCUGUGUCGCAGCACAGCAGCAAUCGCGAGAGUAAUAAUCCGCAACUGGAUUGCAAACAGAAUCCGCAGCAUCCAAAUGCCGCCCUAAUACGCUCCAUGUCGUUGGCCUUGGCCAGCGGCGUGCAGCGCAUUGAGUUUCAGUUUGAGGCACGUGCCGAACAGCAGCAGCAAACGCCGAGUGGCACCACAACGCCCUUGGCCACGCCCACAUCGACAUUUGCCGGCGGCUUUGCAUUCAGCGGUUCCGUCACUAAGAUGACGCUCAAAGAUAAUCAUCUCAUUGUCGUCACUGAAGAGCGACACGAUAUUUCGCGCAACGCACGCGAAACCAAAAUGCACACAGACAAGGACGGUGUCUUUGUGGUGGAAGUGGCACGUGGCAUCGACUCCAAACAGCCACCCGAUAGCCCAGCUGCAGCCGCUGCAGCAGCUGCUUCCGCUGACAUCACCGAGCUGCCCUUUGACACUUCGAACAGCAAUGGCGGGCUGAAGCAAUCGUCGGCGGCUUUGGAGAAUCGCUCGUUGCCACCGAAUCACGAACAGGUGCAGAUCCAUGCACCGCCCAGCGACUUUGCCAAUCCCUUGCCCACAGGUGGAGCAGCUGGUGGAGCAGUAGCAGCUUCCGCUGCUGGUUUGCAUCUCAUUGAGGAGGAAACACUUGCGGCCGAUGAGGAGGCAAUGAUGUUGCCCGAGUCGCAGCCAUUGCAAGCCACCGCUGCCACGGGUUUGUCGCAAUCGGAUUUGAGUUCCACAUCGUCGAGUGAUUCGAACAAACGUUACUCGUAUGGCAACCAGGAGCUGUAUGUCAUCGAUCAGCCCGGUUAUGUGACUAAUGCCCCAACGGUGAUUAGUAUUCCACUGCUGAUCAGCGAAGAGACAGCAGUUGAGCAACAGCAACAGCAGCAGCCACAACAGCAAUCGCCCCAGCAACAGCAAAAGAAAGAGGAGCCAGAGAAGCAGCUUAAGGAGCAGCAGCAGACUACUGAGCAAAGGGAGCAAAGGGAAGACAAGACAGAGAUGCAAAAGGAAGCAAAGUCAGAGUUGCAAAAGGCUGCUGAACAGUUAGAGCAGCCAAAGGAAGCAAAGUUAGAGCUGCAAAAGGAGGAAGGUAAACAGUUAGAGCAGCCAAAGGAAGCAAAGUCAGAGCAGCACAAUGAAGAGCAGCCGGAGCCUAAGAAAGAGCAACAGAUUGAGCUGACAGAGGAGCAGACAAAUGACAUUGAGCAGCAGUCAGAGCUGAACAUAACUGACGCAGAAGUCAGAACUCCGAAAAUGACUGACGAGCAAGAGCUAAAAAGCAAGACAGCAGAGGACAAAGAGGUAGUCGAGGAAGCUCCUAAGACGGAAACUCAACAGGAGAAGCAACAGGAAAGUCCUGCGAAGGAAACACAAGAAGAGAAGCAACAGGAAACUUCUGAGACAGAGAUUCAAGAGGAGACACCAAGAGAAUCGCUAAAGGAAGAGACUCAGAAUGAACUAGAGAUUCAGCAAGAGAAUGAACUACAGACUCAACAACAGAAUGAACUCGAACUGACUCAACAGGAGGAGACUCAACCGGAGCCUCAAGGUGGAGCAGAGUUGCCAGCAGAGGAGCCCGAGUUAAAGUCUCAGCCACUUUGUAGCGAGGAGCAACCGAAGCCAGAGCCAAUUGUGGAAGCCGAGUGUAACUACGAUAGUUUGAUGAGUCUGCCGGAACCGCCGACAAACGAAGAGAUUAUGAACGAGGAGCUCAACGAUUACGCGCUAAUGGAAUCGAAUCAAUUGGAUUCGCUGCCACCGCCACCGCCACCGCCGCCAGCAUCAGCAGCAGCCGUGAUCAAUGACAAUGGUCACAACAACAAUAAGGAGCUGCCACCUCUGAGCAAUGGGAAGUCAGACCAAGGCGGACCAGGAGCAGACGCAGAGCCAUCGACAUUGACGCCACCCGCCUCGCCGCCAGCAUCGCCAACAGCAUCGGCCACAGCAUCGUCAACAGCAACAGCUACGCUCUGCGGUGGCGGUGCUCUCAGCAAUGGCAUCCAUGCGGUGGCUGUCAAUGGCAGUUAAGAGCAGACCGACACACAAAUUGAUGAUGGAAGGAGGGAAAAAAAAACCAAAAGGUAAGCUCGAAAUGAAAUAGUGCACUACAUUUUAAGAGGAUGUGUUUUUUUUUUAUUGCGUGUAUAUUGAGGAUGCGAAAUGCAAGAAAGGCAUUCAAUUCGCCGCAAUCCUUUCGCGCCUCAAUGAAUGUUUAGGCUAGGCUAAGGGCAAUAGGCUGGCAAUAAGCCUAAUCUAAUACGAAAAGAAUACAACCAAAUAUUUAUAUUAAUAAUAAUGAUAUACUAUUUCAAUUUUUCCACUUAACUGUUUGUUGAUUUUCAAAAUAUUGAAACAAAAAAACAAAACAAAACAAAAAUCACAAAAAAAAAACCAAAAACAAAAACAAAUGAUAAUAUUUAAGAACAAUUCAAAUUCCGAUUAAUAUAAAUAAAUCAUAAUUAAUUGUUUGUCUAUUUGCGGCUGGCGCCAAACCCCCGAAAAAGAAAAAACAAAAGAAGCGCUGGCCAACACUGCUAUUUCAAUGUCUAUCUACAAACUACGAAAAAACAUUUGAAUAAAUAUACUAUAUGAAAAAGAGGGAAACAACAAAACAAAACAAAUAAUAAUAAUAACCACCCUCUACCAUACCAUAGAGCUCUCCCCACCUCCCCGUCACAAUGUGGUAUAAUCGUACGACAUAUUCAACAAAAAGAAAAAAAAAUCGACAAAAAAAUAUCGAAACAAUACGAAAAAUCUGCAUAAAUACAUAUAUUCAAUGAAUUACUAUCUACAUACAAAUAGAUACAUACGAAAUUGCGAACGAAAAACCAAUUCAUAAAUUUAAUUCCCGCAACUGCAGUCUCUUUAAAAUGAUCUCAAACAACCUAAACUACGCCAACGUGCUCAUUGAACUCAGCUAACAAAAGUCUCUUAGCUUGCUAAUUUGGCACAAAGACUUCAACAAGUGUUGAGAGUGAAAAACUUGAAAUCUUUUUGAGAUGCAAACACACUAAUGAAUUCAUUUAUCAUAGAAACAAUAGAACUACAACUUAAACGUAGUAUUCGUAGCAUCAACAUCAUUUUUGAAAUCAAAGUGAACUUAGUUAGCUUACGCGUUUGAGCAGUAGAACUUUUUUUAUACAGGCUUUUUGAAAUCCACUCACACACAGAUACACAGAGACACAAAUUCGUAAUUAGUACGGCAACUAACCCAAUGAACUCAGUUAUCUUAGCAGCUGCGCAGACAAAAUUUGGUACGUAGACUACAAUUCGUCUAGGCAAGCAAUAUGCAAAAUCUUUUUGAAAUCAAUGCAACAGUUUUUUCGUUCGUAUUUAGUACGGCAACUUAUUCAAUGAAAUCACUCUUCUUAGCAACUGCGCAGUUAAAAUUAAGUAUGGAGACUAGAAUUGGGCUUGUCAAGCAAAAUGCAAAAUUUUUUUGAAAUCAAUGCAACAGUUUUUUCGUUAGAUAGACAGAAAGCCAAAAGUCGCAAGCGGACAUAGCGCAUUUACAAGUCGUGCGAUUGCGACUUUAUAACACCGAUUUAUAUACAUACAUAUAUAUACUUUCAAACAUUUCUUUAACGUGACAAGUAAUCAAAUGUGCCGAAAUUUACACAGAAGAAGAAGAACAACAACAACCAAACAACAACACACACAAUUUACAAUAACAAAUUUAUACAAUAUACUUAUGAACUUUACUUAUACUACAACAUACAACUGAGUAAAAAACAACUUGUGUAAUCUUUUAAGCAAAACGAAAAAAUAAAAAAACAGAAAAUUAGUAACUAGAAAAAUAGUUUCACAUACUAAACUAAAAUACAAACAGAAAGAGGACUUCAAAUUCAAAGUAAUUAAUACGAAAAAAAGGAGUAAAAAACAUUAAAUAUUAACUAUAUAUGAAUGUACUAUGUAUGGCUAAGAUAAACAAUUAAAUGAACAAAAACAAAGAACGAAGAAAAAAUGGAAUACUUAGUGAAAAGCAAAAUCAAAUAAAUGAAUUAUAGACGAAAGAUUAAGAUCGAACUCUUUAAAUAGACGUAAAAUCGAAUAUUUAUUAAAUGCAAGUCAAGAUUUCAAUAUGAGAAAAAAACCAAAUUGAUAAGAUUAUAACAAAAUAAUAUAAUAAAUGGUAAUAAUGAUAGAUGAAAGAAUAAUGCGUGAACUGCAAGUGACGCGUAUUUUAUACAAGUAGAAAAUUCUAUGCAAUACCCAAAGGAUAUAGCAAGUUAUAUAUACACAAGAUCGGUUCAGAUCGGUUGAUUUUAAGUUUCUCUUUAAGUUUCUCAAUUUUCUCAAUUGUUGAUUCCGAUGAUUGUUUCAAUUGUUUUAUUGACAAUUUGUUUUUUUCCUUUGUUGCUUGUGUCUGACAUAAGAUGCAACGACGAACGAUGAAUUAUUGGAUAUGAAUAUAUAUAUAUAUAUACAAAUAUGAAAUAUAAUACUAAAAUAUGAAAUACUUAUAUAAUCAUACAUAGAACUAACUCUAAGCGAGUGUAGUUAAACAUUUUUUUUUUUUUU